AUGUCCUCAUCUUAUUAUUUCUCCAUUAUUGGAACUAAAGAUAAUCCGUUGUAUGAAUUAGAAUUCUCCUCGUUUAAAAGUGCCAACAUUUCAACAACAGAUAAUGUACCGGGAAAAUCGCAGUUCCCCCAAUCAACGAAAGAAUUACUCCCGUUUAUUGCCAAUUCAUCUUUAGAUCUUAUUGACGACCAAGCAUUUACCAACAAUGUAUUAAAUCUAGGCAAGAUAGAUCAAUUCUAUGGGUUAUCGAUAAAUGCUUAUAUCCUACAAAGCCAAGUGAAAUUUAUUCUAUGCUACAACUCAAAAGAGGAGAGUUCAAUUAAACAAUUUUUCCAAGAAGUUAACGAGUUAUACGCAAAGUGUUUAAUGAACCCUUUCUACAAUGUCGACGAUGCCAUUGUAUCGCCAGAUUUCGAUUUGAAAAUCAAACAAUUGGCUAGAAAGUAUUUAUAA